AUGUUCCUGGCCCUCUCCAGUACUGACCUGACUAGCUCCCGCAGCAGCAGAGCUGUGCUGGUGCACUUCUGGAACGGGCUAACGAAGGAGGUAACUGCCAAGCAAGCUCUGCGCGUCUCUCUGCCCUUAAGYGAACGCAUCGUCCUAGAACUGCAGAUGCCCUUAGCAGCCAGGCAGAUGGUGAUAGCCUCAAGCCCUCAUUAUCCAUACAUCGUGGCACCAGGUUAUAGAGCCUCAGGCCGCUGCGGACAGGAUUGCUCAUACCUGGACUACUGGCCCAUGGGUCUGUGUUCGUUUCAGCUGUGCACCAAGUGCAGCUCGAGGUGCAUCUCACCCCCUCACUGCUGCCCUGCAGCCCGGGCACCCGCACAGCCUGCACAGAGCAAAGCCCAAGAAGAUGUCCUCAUCCCAGGAACAAACUUGACUAAAGAAGAGCUGAGCAGGAAAAUAGCAAAGCAGCUGGCCGAAGGGAAGAGCUCCAUUUCAGAAACUGUUUCCAGAGAAGAGAAAAAGGAAGAGAAGAGAUUGAAGGCUGUACAUGUUCCAGAUUCUCAGUCUUGUAAGGAUGAGGACAAUGAUGKUACAGAACUGAAGAAGCAUCCUCAGAGGGAGAUGGCUCAUGCUAUGAUCGACACUGCUGUCAACUCAGAGAGCUGCUUAAUGGAGUCAGUGCACAAGGAAGAAGCAGACAGGGGAGAGCAGGCAGAGAACACCGAGGCUGCUCUGRAACAUGAACAUGGUGCUGAAUUUGUAGCUGUUUUUCACUACAAUAAGUUUUGCCACACAAAACCAGUGCAGUUGGCCAUCACGCCAAAGGCUUUGCUCAGGAGCAGAAUGCAGUCACGGCAGGAAAUGCAGGAACAUGGAUCACAGGAUGAGGACCAGCAGCAGAAGCAGCACCAGACUGCCAAAAGGAGAGUGUUCCAGAGCAGGGAGCGUUCCCACCAGAAGAUGGAGGAGAAAAGCCAAAAACGCUGCGACCUCCAGCAGUACCUCAGAGACCAGAAUCUUCUGAUGCUCCGGACGUUGCUACUCGAGUGA